AUGUGUAUCAGAUGUAUCUGUCUGCUGUGGGCUAUGUCUCAACAUUUUGUGACUGGGUAUUUGCAUUGGUGUGUGUGCCCUCCAGUGCUGGAUUUAGUGCAGCACAAGGAAGGCAUCGUGGACUCGCUACCUCAGAGCUUAUUGGACGGGCGCCCUGGCAGCUCGCUGCUGCUCACACCUCAGCAGAUUCAGCAGUUACAACAGCAGCUGGGGGUAGGGGAGGGGGGAGGGGCAGUGACGGUGACCCUGCACGGCCAGGGUGGCGGACAGUAUGUGUUGACACCUCAGGCUCCGACAUUCUACCCCGAGAUCCUCGGUCACACGACACACAGCAUACUACACCACCAUGUGCGCCAAGCGAGCAUUAUACAGCAGGUCGGCCACACCUCCAGCAUACAACAGGUGGGCGUGGGAGUCGGUGGUCAGGCUAGUGUCAAGCCUGGGUCGCCUUUCUCUUCACGACUUACGCCGUCCCCCUCCCAGCAGCAGCGAGUCGUCACCCCUCAACCCCCCACCAUCAUCAACCACCAGGUGAUGGGGGCUCCUCAGGUGCCACAGGUCCUGCAGAUAUUCCAGCAGGCGACACGGAACACCGUAGGGGUGGGUAGUGGCGUUUCUACAAUGAAGACAAAGCAGCCGCCACAAAUUCUACCGAAGCCCCCGGGCAGUGCUGCCACCCCCAACAAGCAAUCAGCACCACAGCCGUCUACCAGCCCCGCCAUCACCAUACCUGCCCCCGCCCAGCAAACUAUCCUGCUCAAUCAGAUGAUCCCUGGUGGUGUAGGUCCGAUGUUGGUCCAGCAGCAGACCAGCAGUGGUGUCCAGCUGAUAUUGCGCUCUCCACCGCCCCAGCAUACAACCAAACAACCUACUGUGGUACUCAGUAAUGGCCCGCAGCCCACAGUACUGGUACAGCACAACCCUUCCCGCGCACAGGCCCAGCCGCAACUAGUGCGACUGGUCACAGGGCAGACACUACAACUGCAACACAUACAGACAUCCUCGGGCCCAGCACUUAUAGCUGUACCUGCCCCCACCACUCCCACGCCACCUCCGCAGCCGUCGUCGCCAAAGAACAAGUUGAAGAAGAAGAAGAAAAAAGAGGAUGAAGGACCUACGAGAUUGGACCUGGCGAAUCUUAUGAAACUGUCAGGUAUUGAUGAUGAUGACAUGGCGCCAGUAUCAGUCGCACAGCAGACUCAGACACCUCAACAGUCGCCUACUCCACCCCCUCCGCCACAGCCAACACCCCCGGCACCUACCCCUCCCUCGCCUAAACAGCCUCAGCCGACCAUCAUCACACCUUCUCAGUGCACAAACCAAGGGUUACGAGUUUCAGUCGGUGAAGAUGGGAGAAUGAUACUGCAUCAAACUCAACCUCAGGUGAGUGUGAGUGGGGGUGUGACACCCAGCAUAGCAGCUGCUGCCCAAAGUCAGCUGGCACAACUACUGGCGAGUCAUGGAGACAGCAUACUGCAGAAUAAUUCCAGUCUAGCGGGAGCACCUAACAAAGAUUCGGCUGCUCUACUUCAAUCUUUGCAGACUGCGGUGUUGAGCUGGGCCAACACAGACUCGCUGGUGAUGAAGGCUGCAGGUGGCCAGGUGGCUCUGGCGCAGGCUCCACAGGUGGUCAUCAACACAGGUGUACGCCGCCCAGCCAACACACCUAGUGUGGUGGUGGCCAAUCCUCAGCUGCUGGACACCUCACACAACGGUGUCAUCAUCAACGGCCUCCACGACCGAGUGUUGCUCAGCGAACAGCAGAACCGAGUGCAGAUCGUAACUAGUGUUCCUCAUUCAUCAGUGUCUUUCAGUGAUCAAAACCGGUUCCAUACUAUCGUGUCUCGUGCGCCGAGUUCGUGUUCGACGAGUAUGUCCUUAGAACAGCAGAACAGAGUGCAGAUUGUGUCUGGUGUUCCUACUUCCACCACAAUGUCGCUGACAGAACAGCAGAACCGUGUGCAGAUAGUUUCGGGCAGUCAGAUGAGCACGGGGAUGUCCUUAACCGAUCAGCAGAGUCGAGUGCAGAUCGUGUCGGGUGUGCCGAGUGCGAACUCCCUGUCUCUGACGGAACAACAGAACCGAGUCCAGAUUGUGUCGGGAGUUCCUAACUCGACUUUGACUGAACAGCAAAAUCGGGUGCAAAUAGUUUCUGGUAUCCCUAGUUCUAGCUCUGUCUCACUGACUGAGCAAAAUCGUGUUCAAAUUGUGUCGGGAGUGGCCAAUCCUGCAAUGUCUCUUAGUGAACAAAAUAGAGUGCAAAUUGUAUCGGCUGUGCCACACUCAAGUGCAAUGUCUCUGGAGCAACAAAACCGUGUUCAAAUAGUUUCAGGAGUUCACAGCUCCAGUGCCAUGUCCAUGACAGAGCAGCAGAAUCGAGUGCAGAUUGUUUCUGGGAUCACAAACAAAGCCAUGUCACUUACCGAACAACAGAACAGAGUUCAAAUUAUCUCCAGCGUUCCCAGUGCUAAUUCCAUGUCUUUGACUGAACAACAAAAUAGGGUGCAGAUCGUAUCGGGUAUGCAAAAUACUAACUCAUUAUCUUUAGAACAGCAAAACAGGGUUCAAAUUGUGUCGGGAAUGCAGGCCGGUGGGAUGUCUUUAGCGGAGCAACAAAAUAGGGUUCACAUAGUUUCAGGAGUAGCUAACUCCAGCUUGUCUUGUGAACAGAAUCGGGUUCAAAUCGUGUCAGGGAUGAGUAACUCAACAGGAAUUCAAAUCAAUGAGCAGCCAACAAACAGAGUUCACGUUGUUUCAGCCUCUACCAACACCACUGAACAUCCUAGUCGAGUACAGAUCGUGUCUGGCAUUCCCAACAGGACAGCUACUUCACUUGCAGACAGAAUACAUGUGGUGCAGAAUGAUCAAAGCAGAGUUCAGAUUGCUAAUAGUGUUCCUGGUUUGACAUUUUCUGAUCAUCAGAACAGGCUCCAUAUAGUUUCAGGUAACACAAAUUCCAACCCAGUGUUAUCUGAGCAAAAUAGAGUGCAAAUAGUAACAGGGGUUCCUAACACUAAUAUUUUAUCUUUGAGUGAACAGCAAAGCAGGGUACAAAUUCUUUCUAACACAAGUCACAAUAGUGUUUCCCUUGCUCCUGAACAACAGAGGGUGCAACUAGUGGCAGGACUUAGUUCAGAUCCAACAGUGCAAAUAAUUACUUCCAUGGCAAAUACAGACCAUUCUCGGAUAACCGGGUCCAGUAAUCUGACACUAAAUGAACAUCAAAGACUUCAAGUUGUUACUUCCCUUGCGAGCUCUGGGGGAAUUAGCGACCAACAGCGAGUGCAUAUAUUGUCUAAUUCUUCAAAUGAUAGGUUAAGGCCUCAUAUCGAACCUCAAAGACAAAUGCAGAGCAGUGGUGUGCAAACAGUGGAACAGUCUUUAAGACCUCAGUACCAACUUAAACCCCUGGCGAGGUCCCCCCAAAUGCCUCAGUACCAUCAACAAACUGUGAUUAGUCCGAGGUGUAACCCAGUAGCUUCUCCUCAGUCUCCUCGAGGUAGCAACAGUAAAAGUCCCAUCAUAUAUCCUAGCCACAGCCCUCAGCAGAAUCAACAACCCUCUCCUCAACAACAGCAACAGACUCAACAACCCAAACCCUCGUUCUCCAAUCGUCCCAACCUUAUUGUUGUUACACAGUCGUCACCUUCCCAAUUCCACCACAGCUCGCAGACAACCACAUCACAGUCUCAAGCUACUCAACACGAGGGUCACACCAUUAUCAAUCAUUAUCCACCGCAGUUUGUCAGCAAACCUACACCUACGCACACAUCACAACCACAUCUCAACCAUCAAAUGGACACCUCCAACCACAACCACCCUUCUGUGAUCACGUCGCUGGCCAGUUGUCAGACAACCACGGCCAUCACCAAGCCACUGCAAGCGGUCACCAGACAACCCCAAACACAGAGAUUACCGACCACCACCUCCACCUCCACUGCGACCACUACCACCACGUCUAUCGGUUCGUCCUAUCAAAACUCGUUUCUUGACACUAUUGCACAGUCUCAUCCGAGCCUGGUGAUAAACAAGUCACCCACUCCGCCAAUUGCAUCUAAAGCGCUCAAACCGAAAAAGUUACCAAAGAAAUCCGCGGUGGUGAAACCGAUGAUGCACGAGGAGCGGACAGGGACACCUCCGUGUGAGAAGGAGCCAGAACCUCCCAGCCUGGUGCCUAUCAGUACACAGUGUGAACAGACGCACACACCUAACAUACAGAGGGUGCAGACAAUACAGCUCACUCCUCAGAAACAACAGCAUCUGAAAGCUGUGCAAAACCAAAUCCAACUGCUGUCAUCCAAGAAGCCGAGAACUCCUCAAGAAAACCAAAGCCUGCAGCGGUUGUUUAUGGAGCAGCAAAAGAUAUUGUUCUCAGGAAAGCUGAUCCCCACCAUUCCAGGACAGCAUGCUCAGGGCAUUACUUUUCAAGUGUCAACGCCUGUAAGAGUGUUGCCCGCUCCGCCCAGUAGUCCCCGCCAGCCUCCGCCACCUCCACCUCCAGUCUCAGCACCCCCACCUCCUCCACCACCACCACCUCCCCCUACUGUGUCUAAAGCUACGUCACCUAUACACGUUCAGGUUGGCACACAAACCAGCUGUGAACCGUCUCCGAGUCCUCCAACUCUCAGUCUCGCCAAGAGAGCCACCUUGAUUGAUCAGCAGCAGAGAGCAGACAGACAAGGAGCGACGGCGCCCGAUGUCAACACUCCGUUUGCUGGCACUAGCGAUGCGGUCAAGCGGCUGGUCAGAUACCACUGCCUGGACGAGCCUGUGUUUAGUGAGGGCGACCUGCAGAAGGCGGACGAGAUCUUUGAGGCGACUGCGCGACACUUGCUGGACAAGAACCAGCAGAUGCUCAACAAGUAUCGCUACCUGCUUCUGAUGGAAAGCAUGAGACAAGUACAGACCAGUGAGCUGAUCAUGCUGGGGCGGAUGUUUGUCAGUGAUGAGACAGCCAGACUAGAGGCAGUCAAGCUGGAAGCCAGCGCUCCUACACCUCCAGUUAAAAAAGAACGAGAAGACAAGACAUCGCCAGUAGUCGUGAAGAAGGAGCCGGAGGACCACUCACACCAUCACCACAACCACGGUGGUGGGGGUGAUCAGCUGACCCGCAGCCACGACCGAGCAGUGAAGAGGGAACGUGAGGAGGCAGACGACGGAGUCAGCGUCAAGAAACACUGUGCAGAUGACGAGGAGAUCAACGCACAAGUGCAGAAUGCAAUCGACAGUAUCCUAAACCUCGGAAACAAAGGGUCAGACCCGGUGAUAGACGAGGCUGUUCGCAGCAUCUUGUCGUCUUGACCUGCCCCCGCCCCCCCACCACAAGCUCCACCGAGGCAAGUCCACUUGCGGAGAAUCGUUUUCCAUUCGUUGAUGUUAAAUUUGUUAAAAUUUACCGGAAGUUAUGAACUGUGCUGUAACAUGAAAAAUCAAAGAGUGAUUUUUCAAGGGCAUGUUCGAUGUGUGCCUUUGUUUUAAAGUUGUUUUUAAUUGCUCGAUAGUUAAAAUCAUAUUUUAUAAAUGUUUUAUAUGGUUCAGAAAUAUCUUAUCGAACAGUAAUUUCAUAAAAAUCACUCAUAGAAAAUGUAACUUUGUAACUUUUAAAGAUAGGUUGGUUUGACAGGGGUUGCUAGUAAAAGAAAAAAAUGCAAUUACAGAAAGAUUCUGUGACUACAAAAUAUCUUAUUUGCAUGUUCACUGAGUUUUAACUAUGCACAAAAUGUUUCUACUCAAUAUUCAUAAAUAUUUUAUAAUUGAUUAUCAUUUUUAGAUAGUUUGCGAUGAAGUCAGAAUCCUCCUAAUUUGUUGAAGCCACUUUUAGGGCCGAAAUUAAUAACUUCCGCAAACCCGCAGACUGAGCGAAUUUCCAUUUGCGAGAUUGUAUUUUUACUGAAAUGUGCCACAUUUAUUCUGUAUUUAAAUAACAUUAGGUUUAAUGAGUACUUUGGUUUACUGCUACAGGGAAAGUAACAGUGAUUUUUAGUGAGAUUUCGAGAUUUGAAUAUUGUAAUGUGAUAUAAAUAAUUUACCAAAUUUGAUCAAAACAAUAAAAUGUACAUAGUAAACAAGUUAACCACAACAACUUUAUUUUUUCCGUAAGAAUAAAAUGAUAAACCUUUUAAUUCGAUGCUUGUAAGACAGAGGUUCUCAGACAGUUUGUCUCAUGUAAGCGAUGAAUUGUCCAUCAAUGCUUCAAUAUAUAAAAUUCUUUUUUUAAGCUGUACAUGAUGGCUCUAAUAGCAAAUUAGGUAUUUCCAUGUUUCAAAGGUGAAAAUUUGAAAUUAAAACAUUUUUUUUUUCAAACCCCAUAACAGCCCGUUUCUGUGACCCGAUCUUACUGGUUCAAGUUUUCAUUCAUGUUUAUCCAGCUCUACAUUUUCAUGACCAAAAUUUUACUCUAGUUAUGGUGUUCAGGGACACGCAUAUAGAUAUCAAAAUUUGAACUUUAUAGUGUUCUUGUCCUCUGGGGACAUCAAAAUAAAAAUGUAUACCGGUCCCUAGUCUAAGCCUUUCCGAGCUGCCUAGGGAUCUUUCCCUAUAAGAAAAUUCACCAGUGGGCUAGAGCUUUUAACUUUGACUGGCAGGAGAACAUCCAUAAAAUGCAUAAAUAUGAAAUGAAAUGUUUAUUCAUCACUCAAAUUUACAUAAUUGAGGCAUUCAGAAGUCAAUCCGACAAAGUCCUAUCAACGAAAAUGUGCAGUCGGCCUAUAGAGAAUUAAAGUUAUCUUUGAAUGGAAAAUUCUGAGAGAUUUUUAGCAAAUUUUUACUAGGCUCAACCUCAACAUAUGUCUUACAAUAAUUGCCAACUUUUUAACCUAUACUUACGUUAUUGUAAAAUUAAAAUUUCUUGAAAUUAAAAAAAUAUAGUCAUUUUCAAUGGAGUUAGUCACAUUGCCAACAGAAAAGAUUCAACAAAACAUUCUGAGUGGUUUGUAUAAAAGUUACUUUGUUUAACAAAUACUCAAAAAGUAAAACUCGAUCAAAUAAAAAAGAACAAUGUAUUAUUGCAAAUCAUUUAAAUACAAAUUCUGGCAUUUGAUAAAACAUAAAUAUGGGUUUCAUGCUAAUACAAGCAGCUUCAUUCUGCGUUGGUAAUGCAUUUGUCGUCACUCUCAACUUCGCCUUGCAAGAUAUGAAAGAACUCAUCAUACAAAAGCACUAUAAAGCUCUUAGCACAACAACUUAGCAAAAAAAACCUUUUACCAUGACAGUUCAACAUGAAACAUCAGUUAGUUGACAGUUGUUAUGGAAACAUGGAGUUAAUAAAAAAAACUGGCCUCCGAAACAGCUGGGGAAAGGUUCAGUUUGUAUAACAUUUAGCGCAUUCUAGCGGCAAACUAAUGAAGUAUGGAGUUAGUCGUCUUGGCCACUGAAAAUCCUUUACAAAAGCAAUCUAACCAUGUUAUGAACUCGAUUUGAACAAAAAUUGGACUUAGUCAGAUUGACUUCUGAGGCCACUGAAAAUCCUUUACAAAAGCAAUCUAACCAUGUAAGCCUUCUUUCACACCAGCGCGGUGCGGGACCGUCCCGCACCGGACGAAGCUGUUUAUACUAUUGAAUCAUAUGGGAGCUUUCACACCAGUGCGGGUUCACCCGGAUAGACCUAAACCUCUGUCCGGGUUGAAAAAUCACCCGCACGAACCUAAACUUCCAAUGCGGGACGGAACCGCAUGUAUCGUGUUUAGAUCAUGGGCUCUUAUGUACGCUUUCACACUUGUGCGGGACGGGCUGGUUUCGCCCGCACAUAAAUCAGUAUUUUUGACAGUCUCCGUCCAUAGUGGUUGAGUGUGGUUGAUUUUGUAGUACUCUUGUUAACUUGGGAAGUUGUUGUUUUUGGUAUGGAGGUUGAAAUUUAUAUAGAGGUGAUUAGUUUGGUCAAGCUUUAUAUUUUGGUUUAGUUUGAAAGCCAGUGUGUAUAACGAAACCCCCACUGCAGCAAACCAUCUUUCAUUUGCAUGUUUAAAUUUGUACAAACGAUUUGAUUAAACCUGCAUGAUUUAUUUAAUAUAAAUCAUUUGGUUUAACGAACACUUACAU